AGAGGGCUCCCCAGCACGAAUCCCGGCCCCGCAGCCCCAACUUGUCUCCAUCCUCCUUUCCUCCUCCUCCGCCCUCCGCCCGUCCCCGUCCCCGUGCCCGUCCUCGGACCCGUCCCUCCCCGAAGGCAUCCCCGGGGCGCGGGCAGGGCUCGCGCGGUCGGACGCACCGGGCGCGGAGAGGCGCUGUCCCCGGCGCUCAGGAUGCUGCGGGGCGCGGGCCCCGCGCUGCUGGCCGCCCUGUGCCUGGCGCUGGCGGGGGCCGCGGCGGGCGCCCGGCGGGGCCGGAGGCAGGAGCAGCAGCGGCUGCUGCCCCAGCUCGCCGCCGCCGUCAGCGAGAGCAAGCCUGGCUGCUAUGAUAACGGGAAUCACUAUCAAAUAAACCAACAAUGGGAACGCACGUACCUGGGCAACGUCCUGAUCUGCACGUGUUACGGGGGGAGCCGAGGCUUUAACUGCGAGAGCAAGCCCGAAGCGGAGGAGACUUGCUUUGACAAGUACACUGGCAACACUUACAAGGUGGGGGAAACUUAUGAGCGUCCCAAGGACUCCAUGAUCUGGGACUGUACCUGCAUCGGGGCCGGUCGGAGAAGAAUAAGCUGUACCAUUGCAAACCGCUGCCACGAAGGGGGUCAGUCCUACAAGAUUGGUGACACCUGGAGGAGACCACAUGAGACCGGUGGCUACAUGUUAGAGUGUGUGUGUCUUGGUAACGGGAAAGGAGAAUGGACCUGCAAGCCCAUAGCUGAGAAGUGUUUUGACAACGCUGCUGGGACGUCCUACGUUGUCGGGGAAACCUGGGAGAAGCCCUAUCAAGGCUGGAUGAUGGUGGACUGUACUUGUCUGGGAGAAGGCAGCGGACGCAUCACCUGCACCUCCAGAAACAGAUGCAACGACCAAGACACCAUGACGUCCUAUCGCAUCGGGGAGACCUGGAGCAAGAAGGACGCUCGGGGGAACCAGCUCCAGUGCAUCUGCACGGGCAACGGCCGGGGGGAGUGGAAGUGUGAGAGGCACACGUCCCUGCAGACCACGUCCACUGAUGUUGAAAUGGCCGUUUUUCAGCGUCAGCCUCAGCCUCAGCCUCAGCCUCAGCCUUACCCCCAGCCUCCUUCCUAUCCGCACUGUAUCACAGACAGCGGUGUGAUCUACUCAGUCGGGAUGCAGUGGCUGAAGAUACAAGGAGAUAAGCAGAUGCUUUGCACUUGCCUGGGCAAUGGAGUCAGCUGUGAAGAGAGAGCUGUCACUCGGACUUUUGGUGGCAAUUCCAACGGGGAGCCAUGUGUCUUACCAUUCACCUACAACAGCCGGACUUUCUACUCCUGCACCGGUGAAGGGCGACAGGAUGGACAUUUCUGGUGCAGCACGACUUCCAAUUAUGAACAAGACCAGAAAUAUUCCUUCUGUACAGACCAGACUGUUAUGGUUCAAACUCGAGGUGGAAAUUCCAAUGGUGCCUUGUGCCACUUCCCCUUCCUGUACAACAACCACAACUACACCGACUGUACCUCCGAGGGCAGGAGAGACAACAUGAAGUGGUGCGGGACCACACCCAACUACGACACUGACCAGAAGUUUGGGUUCUGCCCUAUGGCCGCCCACGAAGAAAUCUGCACGACCUCGGAAGGGAUCAUGUACCGUGUUGGAGACCAGUGGGAUAAGCAGCAUGACAUGGGGCACAUGAUGAGGUGCACAUGUGUGGGCAAUGGUCGUGGGGAAUGGACCUGUGUCGCCUACUCCCAGCUCCGAGAUCAAUGCAUUGUGGACGACGUCACUUACAAUGUGAAUGACACGUUUCACAAGCGCCAUGAAGAGGGCCACUUGCUGAACUGCACCUGCUUUGGUCAGGGCCGGGGCCGGUGGAAGUGUGAUCCUGUCGACCAAUGCCAAGAUUCAGAAACCCGAACAUUUUAUCAAAUCGGAGACACCUGGGAGAAGUAUGGGCAGGGGGUCAGGUACCAGUGCUAUUGCUUCGGUCGCGGCAUUGGGGAAUGGCAUUGCCAACCUCUUCAGACCUAUGCAGUUCCAUCUUCAGAAAGGACUGGUCCUGUCCAGGUCAUCAUCACCGAGACCCCCAGCCAACCCAAUACUCACCCCAUCCAGUGGAAUGUGCCCGAGUCAUCCCACAUCACCCAGUACAUCCUCCGAUGGAGGCCUAAAAAUUCUCCAGGCCGUUGGAAGGAGGCCACCAUUCCAGGCCACUUAAACUCCUACAUGAUUAAAGGCCUGAGGCCUAACGUGGUGUACGAGGGGCAGCUCAUCAGCUUCCAGCAGUCUGGCCACAGAGAGGUGACACGCUUUGACUUCACAACCACCAGUACCAACUCCAUGACCGGCAACACCGUGACGGGCGAGACAACACCCCUUUCUCCCGUGGUGGCCACUUCUGAAUCUGUCACUGAAAUCACGUCCAGCGGCUUUGUGGUCUCGUGGGUCUCAGCUUCAGACACGGUGACAGGAUUCCGUGUGGAGUACGAGCUGAGCGAGGAUGGAAGCCACCCCCAUUACCUGGACCUUCCAAGCACGGCCACCUCUGUAAACCUCCCCGACCUGCUGCCUGGCCGGAAAUACAUUGUGAAUGUCUAUCAGAUAUCCGAGGAAGGAGAGCAGAGUCUGAUCCUGUCUACCUCACAGACAACAGCACCCGAUGCCCCUCCGAACCCUUCUGUGGACCGGGUUGAUGACACCGCCAUUGUUGUUCGCUGGAGCAGGCCCCAGGCACCCAUCACAGGAUACAGAAUCGUGUAUUCACCCUCAGUUGAAGGCAGUAGCACAGAACUCAACCUUCCUGAGACCGCCAACUCCGUCACGCUGAGUGACCUGCUGCCUGGCGUGCGGUAUAACAUCACCAUCUACGCUGUAGAGGAGAACCUAGAAAGCGCUCCUGUCUUCAUCCAGCAGGAGACCACUGGUGUCCCCCGUGCAGAUAAAGUGCCUCCGCCCCGGGACCUGCAGUUUGUGGAAGUGACGGACGUGAAGGUCACCAUCAUGUGGACAGCCCCUGACAGCGCGGUGACGGGAUACCGCGUGGAUGUGAUCCCCGUCCACAUGCCUGGGGAGCACGGCCAGCAGCUGCCCGUCAGCAGGAACACCUUUGCCGAAAUCCUGGGGCUGACCCCCGGGGUCACGUACCACUUCAAGGUCUUUGCCGUGAACCACGGCAUGGAGAGCAAGCCUCUCGUGGGAGAACGGACAACCAAAUUGGAUUCUCCCACUAACCUCCAGUUUAUGAAUGAAACUGACACGACUGUCAUAGUGACCUGGACUCCGCCUCGGGCCCGGAUAAGCGGGUACCGACUGACCGUGGGCCUGACCCGGGGAGGCCAACCCCAGCAAUUCACUGUGGGGCCCUCCGCCACACAGCACCCCCUGAAGAAUCUGCAGCCUGGGUCCGAGAACACGGUCACCCUCGUGGCUGUGAAAGGCAACCAGCAGAGCCCCCCGGUCACUGGAGUCUUUACUACCCAGAAGCCCAUGAGCUCCAUCCCACAUUACGACACAGAGGUGAACGAGACCACCAUAGUGAUAACAUGGACACCUGCUCCCAGGAUUGGCUUUAAGCUGGGGGUACGACCAAGCCAGGGAGGAGAAGCUCCGCGAGAAGUGACUUCAAAGUCAGGAAGCAUCGUGGUGUCUGGCCUGACUCCCGGUGUGGAGUACGAGUACUCCGUCUCGGUCCUCAAAGACGGGCGACAGAGCGGCACACCCAUUGUCAACAAAGUGGUGACACCUAUAACUCCCCCAACAAACUUACACCUGGAGAGCAACCCUGACACGGGAGUGCUGACAGUCUCCUGGGAAAGAAGCACCACCCCUGACAUCAGUGGUUAUAGAAUCACCACCAUCCCAACAAAUGGCCAGCAGGGAUAUUCUCUGGAAGAAGUGGUCCAUGCAGAUCAGAGUUCCUGCACUUUUGAGCACCUGAGUCCUGGCCUGGAGUACAAUGUCAGUGUUUACACGAUCAAAGAUGACAAGGAAAGUGCCCCUAUCUCUGCUGCCAUCGUGCCAGAGGUGCCCCAGCUCACUGACCUAAGCUUUGUUGAUAUAACCGAUUCAAGCAUCGGCCUCCGGUGGACCCCCUUAAACUCCUCCACCAUUAUUGGGUACCGCAUCACAGUAGUUGCGGCAGGAGAAGGUAUCCCCAUAUUUGAAGAUUUUGUGGACUCCUCGGUAGGAUACUACACAGUUACAGGGCUGGAGCCGGGCAUUGACUAUGACAUCAGCGUUAUCACUCUCAUUAAUGGCGGAGAGAGUGCCCCUACUACACUGACACAGCAAACGGCUGUCCCUCCUCCCACUGACCUGCGGUUCACCAAUGUUGGUCCAGACACUAUUCGUGUCACGUGGGCCCCGCCUCCAUCCAUUGAAUUGAGCAACUUCCUGGUGCGCUACUCACCCGUGAAAAAUGAGGAGGAUGUUGCAGAGCUGUCCAUUUCUCCAUCAGACAAUGUGGUGGUCUUGACAAAUCUCCUGCCUGGCACCGAAUAUUUGGUCAGCGUCUCCAGUGUUUAUGAACAACACGAGAGCACACCACUCAGAGGAAGGCAGAAAACAGGUCUUGAUUCCCCAACUGGCAUUGACUUCUCUGAAAUCACUGCCAACUCUUUCACGGUGCAUUGGAUUGCUCCUCGAGCCACCGUCACUGGCUACAGGAUUCGCCAUCAUCCCGAACAUGGUAGUGGAAGACCUCGAGAAGAUCGAGUGCCCCCGACUCGGAAUUCCAUCACCCUCACCAACCUCAAUCCGGGCACAGAAUAUGUGGUCAGCAUUGUUGCACUCAAUGGCAGAGAGGAAAGUCCCUCAUUGGUUGGUCAGCAAUCAACAGUUUCUGAUGUUCCACGGGACCUGGCAAUUAUUGCCACGAACCCCACCAGCCUCCUGCUGAGCUGGGAAGCUCCCCCCGUCACAGUGAGAUAUUACAGGAUCACCUAUGGAGAAACAGGAGGACACGGCCCCGUCCAGGAAUUCACUGUGCCGGGGAGCAGGUCUACAGCAGAAAUCAAGGGCCUCACACCUGGAGUAGACUACACCGUCACUGUGUAUGCUGUCACAGGCCGCGGGGACAGCCCGGCAAGCAGCAAGCCAGUUUCCAUUAAUUACCAGACAGGAAUUGACAAACCACCACAGAUGCAUAUCACUGAUGUUCAGGAUAAUAGCAUCAGUGUCAGAUGGCUGCCCUCAAGCUCCCCUGUCACUGGCUACCGAGUGACCACUGUUCCCAAAAACGGCCGGGGACCGCCCAUCACGAAAACUGCAGGUCCAGAUCAAACAGAAAUGACCAUCGAAAGCUUGCAGCCCACAGUGGAGUAUGAGGUCAGUGUCUACGCUCAGAGUCCAAACGGAGAGAGUAAGCCUCUGGUCCAGACGGCCGUCACCAACAUUGAUCGCCCCAAAGGACUGACAUUCACUGAGGUGAAUGUCGAUUCCAUCAAAAUUGCCUGGAAAAGCCCACAGGGGCACGUUUCCAAGUACAGGGUGACCUACUCGAGCCCUGAGGAUGGAAUCCAUGAGGUCUUCCCCGGUGCUGAAGAAGAAACUGCAGAGCUGAAGGGCCUCAAGCCCGGUUCUGAGUACACAGUCAGUGUGGUUGCCUUGAACGGCGAUAAGGAGAGCAAGCCCUUGAUUGGAACGCAGUCCACAGCCAUUCCUGCACCAACCAAUCUGAAGUUCACUCAGGUUACCCCAACAAGCCUGACUGUCCAGUGGACAGCCCCCACUCUUGAGCUCACUGGCUAUCGGGUGUGGGUGACCCCCAAGGAGAAGACAGGACCAACGAAAGAAAUCAACCUUGCUCCCGAUAGCACAUCUGCGGUUAUCUCAGGACUCAUGGUGGCCACCAAAUAUGAAGUGAAUGUCUACGCUCUUAAGAACACUUUGACGAGCAGACCAGCUCAAGGAGUUGUCAGUACCUUGGAGAAUGUCAGCCCUCCACGAAGAGCCCGUGUGACAGAUGCCACUGAGACCACCAUCACCAUUAGCUGGAGAACCAAGACCGAGCCAAUCACCGGCUUCCAAGUUGAUGCUGUACCAGGAAAUGGCCAGGCUCCAGUUCAGAGAAUGAUCAGCCCCGAUGUCAGAAGCUACACCAUCACAGGCUUACAACCCGGCACUGACUACAAGAUCCACUUGUCCACCCUGAACGAGAAUGCCAGGAGCUCCCCUGUCAUCAUCGACGCCUCCACAGCCAUCGAUGCACCAUCCAACCUGCAUUUCCUGGCCACCACACCCAACUCCUUGCUGGUAUCAUGGCAGCCACCCCGAGCCAAGAUUACUGGUUAUAUCAUCAAGUAUGAGAAGGCUGGGUCCCCUCUCAGAGAAGUGGUCCCUCGGCCCCGCCCUGGUGUCACAGAGGCUACUAUCACUGGUCUGGAACCAGGAACCGAGUACACAAUCCACAUCAUUGCCCUCAAGAACAACCAGAAGAGUGAGCCUCUGAUUGGGAGGAAAAUGACAGAUGAGCUUCCCAAACUGGUAACCCUUCCACACCCCAAUCAUCAUGGACCAGAGAUCUUGGAUGUUCCCUCCACAGCUCAAAAGACCCCUUCUGACAACAUUCCUGGCACUGCAGGUGGGCAGCCCAAUGAUGCUCGACAAAUGAUCUUUGAGGAGCAUGGAUUUAGGCGGACCACACCACCCACAAUGGCCACCCCUGUCAGGCCGAGGCCAGGUCCGUAUCCACCGAAUGUAAAUGCGGUGAUCCAAAUUGGUCAUGUCCCCAAGGGGGGUGUAGACCACCUCUACCCUCAUGUUGUGGGACUCAAACCAAAUGCUUCUACAGGACAAGAAGCUCUCUCUCAGACAACCAUCUCUUGGACCCCACUCCAGGAAAGCUCUGAGUAUAUAAUUUCAUGUAAUCCAGUUGGCACUGAUGAAGAAACCUUACAGUUCCGAGUUCCUGGAACUUCUACUAGUGCUACCCUGACGGGCCUCACCAGAGGGACCACCUACAACAUCAUCGUGGAAGCAGUGAAGGACCAGCUGAGGCACAAGGUUCGGGAGGAGGUUGUCACUGUGGGCAACUCGGUUGACCAAACCACGGAUGACUCGUGCUUCGACCCCUACACGGUGUCGCAUUACGCCGUCGGACAGGAGUGGGAGCGGUUGUCAGAGUCUGGCUUUAAGCUCUCCUGCCAGUGCUUGGGCUUUGGCAGCGGUCACUUCAGAUGUGACUCGUCUAAGUGGUGCCACGACAACGGUGUGAACUACAAGAUCGGAGAGAAGUGGGAUCACCAGAAAGAGAACGGCCAGCUGCUGAGCUGCACGUGUCUUGGAAACGGAAAAGGAGAAUUCAAGUGCGAGCCUCAUGAGGCCACGUGCUAUGAUGAUGGGAAGACAUACCACACGGGAGAGCAGUGGCAGAAGGAGUAUCUGGGCGCCAUCUGCUCCUGCACAUGCUUCGGAGGCCAGCGGGGCUGGCGCUGUGACAACUGCCGCAAGCCAGGCGCAGGCCCCGGCCCCGAGGGAGCUGCUGGUCACUCCUACAACCAGUAUUCUCCGAGAUACCCACCCAGCUCUACUGUCGACUGCCCAAUUGAGUGCUUCAUGCCGGUAGGUGUCCAGGCUGACAGAGAAGAUUCCCGAGAGUAACGUUUCCAGCCCAGAAAACCACACGUGGAUCUCUGCCGAGGCCCCUCCAAGCUGGAGCGCCAUUAGCAGACCCCAUGCUAGAGUGUUUGUUUCUUCCUUAAGCCCUUUGCUCUGGAGAGUAACUUCUCCAGCUUCAGCUCAGUCCACAGCUUCUCCAAGCAUCACCCUGGCAGUGUUUUGAGAUUUUUAUGGUUAAGCAGGGGCAGUUCCUUGCCUGUGCUGCUCCAGAGUGUUCAACACUGCUCAGUAUUUUUAACGAGAUGAUUCUAAUGGGUGAUUUGGUUUGGGAUCCGCUGGGAAACGCAUGCACCAACCCAGAUGCAGAAUGUACUGACGUGAUUAUUACCAAAACUUUAAGUGGGAAAGUUACCCAAACACUUCUGCUUCCAGUUAACCGUCUGGCCCGCAAUAUUGUAGGAACGGCAUGUCCCCGUGACAUUUAAAAUAUCCACAGUGCUCACUUUUUCCAAAUGAUUCUAGUAAUUGCCUAGAAAUAUCUUUCUCUUACCUGUUAUUUAUCAAUUCCCCCUCCCCCCCCCAGUAUUUUUAUAUGGAAAAAUUUUGCAUUGAAGACACACUUAGUAUGCAGUUGAUAAGAGGAAUUUGGUUUAAUAAUGGUUGGUGAUUAUUUUUUAUACUGUACAUGCCAAAGCUUUACUACUGUGGAAAGACAACUGUUUUAAUAAAAGAUUUACAUUCCACAA